CACCGCACAAACACCGCUCCAAAUGUCACAGCCGGGCUUCGAUAGGCCCGGCCCAGCGGGACCGGCCCGGGUUAAAUAGGGGGCCCGGGACCCGAGCGGAGACAGACACGCCGAGGGCAGAACCCGCUAACACACGCGCACGCACGCACACGUACGCACACACACACACACACUCGACAAGCCUUCUGCACAGAGGCGCUCCAGUCACACACGACGGCACGUGUCAGACGGACGGACAGGACAGACGAACGGAUCGCGAGACCAGGACGACAGAGGUGUUUCGUUUCAGCCUCACGAAGAGUACAGAGAUUUAGACGCAGCGAUGCAGAGCGCAGCGGGAUUUCGGCGGUUGCUGGCGGUGGCGGCGGCGGUGGUGAUCGAGAUGGCGGUGAUGGCGGUCAUGGUGCCCGCGGUUCGCGGUGCCCCUGUGAGCCUGGACCAGGACCUGAGCGGGGGAGGUGACAGGAAAGCCCUCUACGCUAUGCAUAGCAGUGAAGACAGACCAGGGAAAAUUUUAUCGUCCGUCAACAGUCCCGAGAAGAGGGACAAGUUCCGAAAGAUCCUAAUGGCCCUGGAAGAGCUUCAGAGAUCCAUGAACAGCACAGCGGGCAGCAGGAUUACCAUGGUGCUCCGGGGUAACAAACCCAAUGUUCGGGGCGCAGGAAAAAAGAACAAAGUGGUGGUAUCAGAGGAAACCCAGAGAGCUGCCACACUGCCCCCUGUGGACGGUGGUGGUACAGUUUCAGCCCCCAGUGAUCGCCCACCAGAGCCCCAGAACCGGGGAGGAAGAAAGUCCCCUCAUUCCCCAAAGAAACCCAAUAAGAGAGUUUGUUUCUGGAAGUACUGCUCCCAAAACUGAUCGGCACUCCCCCCACCCUCUCCACUCUCCACCCCCUCCCUGUGGACCCUCGCACCUGAAUUUCUGCGGAGAGAGCACCCACGCUGCUCCCGCCCCCCCCCCCCCCCGACCGCAGCGCUUAGCAACGCUGCAAGGCGCCGACAAAGACCUUUUCAACAGGUCAUUAGUAAUCUUACUGACAAUACUGCCACCCAGUGCCCUGACUUGUGUACAUUUGACAUUGUACAUGCAACUUUUAACAAUUGAGCCCUGUAGAAAUCAAAUAAAUUGCAACUCAUGAAACAAAAAUAAAUAAAGAGAACUUUAUUUUUCUACA